CGCCAUUUUGCCUGGGUUUUGAAUGUGAGGCGGAGCAGCGUCAGAAGAAGGUACUGCUGGCUAUAGUGUGCGGCUAGGAUUCCCUCUAUCCCCACAAGCUCCAACUCCCAUCUGCAAACCAUUACCAGCCCAGAGUUCCUGUACUUCAUUAAAUUUUUACCUACUUCAGAACAUCUUCAGAGGCUUUCUGUUGUAUAUUAAAUCCGGAAGCUCUUCAGCCAAGUACAGGACUUGAUAGCAAUGGAGCUCAGUGAUGCAAAUUUACAAACUCUAACAGAAUAUUUGAAGAAAACCCUUGAUCCUGAUCCUGCCAUCAGACGUCCAGCUGAAAAAUUUCUUGAGUCUGUAGAAGGAAAUCAGAAUUAUCCACUGUUACUUUUAACAUUACUAGAGAAGGCCCAGGAUAAUGUCAUCAAAGUGUGUGCUUCAGUAACAUUCAAGAACUAUAUUAAAAGAAACUGGAGAAUUGUUGAAGAUGAACCAAACAAAAUUUGUGAAGCUGAUCGAGUAGCCAUUAAAGCCAAUAUAGUGCACUUGAUGCUCAGUAGCCCAGAACAAAUUCAGAAGCAGUUGAGUGAUGGUAUCAGCAUUAUUGGCAGAGAAGAUUUCCCUCAGAAAUGGCCUGACUUGUUGACAGAAAUGGUGAAUCGCUUUCAGAGUGGGGAUUUCCAUGUUAUUAAUGGAGUCCUUCGUACAGCACAUUCAUUAUUUAAAAGAUACCGUCAUGAAUUUAAGUCAAAUGAGUUAUGGACUGAAAUUAAACUUGUACUGGAUGCCUUUGCAUUGCCUUUGACAAAUCUAUUUAAGGCCACCAUUGAACUGUGUAGUACCCAUGCAAAUGAUGCCUCUGCCCUGAGGAUUCUUUUUUCUUCCUUGAUUCUGAUCUCAAAAUUGUUCUAUAGUUUAAACUUUCAGGAUCUCCCUGAGUUUUUUGAAGAUAAUAUGGAAACUUGGAUGAACAAUUUUCAUACCCUGUUGACACUGGAUAAUAAGCUUCUACAAACUGAUGAUGAAGAGGAAGCAGGCUUAUUGGAACUCUUAAAAUCCCAGAUUUGUGAUAAUGCUGCACUCUAUGCUCAGAAGUAUGAUGAAGAAUUUCAGCGGUACCUGCCUCGCUUUGUCACAGCCAUCUGGAAUUUAUUAGUUACAACAGGUCAAGAGGUUAAAUAUGAUUUGUUGGUCAGUAAUGCAAUUCAAUUUCUGGCUUCAGUUUGUGAGAGACCUCACUAUAAGAAUCUGUUUGAGGACCAGAACACGCUGACAAGUAUCUGUGAAAAGGUUAUUGUGCCUAACAUGGAAUUUAGAGCUGCUGAUGAAGAAGCAUUUGAAGAUAAUUCUGAGGAGUACAUAAGAAGAGAUUUGGAAGGAUCGGAUAUUGAUACAAGACGCAGGGCUGCCUGUGAUCUGGUACGAGGAUUAUGCAAAUUUUUUGAGGGACCCGUGACAGGAAUCUUCUCUGGUUAUGUUAAUUCUAUGCUUCAAGAAUAUGCAAAAAAUCCAUCUGUCAACUGGAAACACAAAGAUGCAGCCAUUUACCUCGUGACAUCUUUGGCAUCAAAAGCUCAAACGCAGAAGCAUGGAAUUACACAAGCUAAUGAACUUGUAAACCUGACAGAGUUCUUUGUGAAUCACAUCCUUCCUGAUUUAAAAUCACCUAAUGUGAAUGAAUUUCCUGUCCUUAAAGCUGAUGGAAUCAAAUAUAUUAUGAUUUUUAGAAAUCAAGUACCAAAAGAGCAUCUUUUGGUCUCUGUUCCUCUCUUGAUUAAUCAUCUUCAAGCUGAGAGUAUCGUUGUUCAUACUUAUGCAGCACAUGCUCUAGAACGGUUGUUUACUAUGAGAGGGCCCAGCAACGCCACUCUUUUUACAGCUGCAGAAAUCGCACCGUUUGUUGAGAUUCUGCUAACAAACCUUUUCAAAGCUCUCACACUUCCUGGCUCUUCAGAAAAUGAAUAUAUUAUGAAAGCUAUCAUGAGAAGUUUCUCCCUCCUUCAAGAAGCCAUAAUCCCCUAUAUCCCUACUCUCAUCACCCAGCUUACACAGAAGCUAUUAGCAGUUAGUAAGAACCCAAGCAAACCUCACUUCAAUCACUACAUGUUUGAAGCAAUAUGCUUAUCCAUAAGAAUAACUUGCAAAGCUAACCCUGCUGCUGUUGUAAAUUUUGAGGAGGCUUUGUUUCUGGUGUUUACCGAAAUUUUACAAAAUGAUGUACAAGAAUUUAUUCCAUACGUCUUUCAAGUGAUGUCUUUGCUCCUGGAAACACACAAAAAUGAUAUCCCGUCGUCUUAUAUGGCGUUAUUUCCACACCUCCUUCAGCCAGUGCUUUGGGAAAGAACAGGAAAUAUUCCUGCUUUAGUGAGGCUUCUCCAAGCAUUCUUAGAACGUGGUUCAAACACAAUAGCAAGUGCUGCAGCUGACAAAAUUCCUGGUUUACUGGGUGUCUUCCAGAAGCUAAUUGCAUCCAAAGCAAAUGACCACCAAGGCUUUUAUCUUCUGAACAGUAUAAUAGAGCACAUGCCUCCUGAAUCAGUUGACCAGUACAGAAAGCAAAUUUUCCUUCUGCUAUUCCAAAGGCUUCAGAAUUCCAAAACUACAAAGUUUAUCAAGAGUUUCUUAGUCUUUAUUAAUUUGUAUUGCAUAAAAUAUGGGGCCCUAGCAUUACAGGAAAUAUUUGAUGGUAUACAACCCAAAAUGUUUGGAAUGGUUUUGGAAAAAAUCAUUAUUCCUGAAAUUCAGAAAGUAUCUGGAAAUGUGGAGAAAAAGAUCUGUGCAGUGGGAAUAACAAAAUUACUAACGGAGUGCCCGCCGCUGAUGGACACUGAGUACACCAAGCUGUGGACUCCUUUAUUACAGUCUCUCAUUGGCCUUUUUGAGUUACCUGAAGAUGACACCAUUCCAGAUGAAGAGCAUUUUAUUGACAUAGAAGAUACUCCAGGGUAUCAGACAGCCUUCUCACAGUUGGCGUUUGCUGGCAAGAAAGAGCACGACCCUGUAGGUCAAAUGGUGAACAACCCCAAAAUUCACCUGGCACAGUCACUUCACAAAUUGUCUACUGCCUGCCCGGGAAGGGUUCCAUCCAUGGUAAGCACCAGCCUCAAUGCAGAAGCACUGCAGUAUCUCCAGGGAUACCUUCAGGCGGCCAGUGUGACACUGCUCUGAUCUGCGUUUUCCUGACUGGCUAAACCCACUAUGGGUUAAGAAUUUAUGUAGAUUUGUGAGCACAGCUGCGUUCAGACAAAGCAAGUUUUCCUUUUGAACUUGUCCCAGUUUCCAUCUUAUAAAGGAUAUAGGGAUAUUGUUGCUUCAAGCUGAACUUUGAGCAAACUCGAUGGUUUGUGUGAUCAUAAAUAUAAGUGGAUGACUUGUUUGCCACUUCAAGAGACAAAUACUAAUAGUUGCGUGUACAACCUUGAUUUGAGUUGAGCAUUUGCACGGUUUGUAUCAUUUUAAAUUUUUGACAGACACUGUGGAGACUUCUUUGUUACUAAAUCCUUUUGUUUUGAAACUAUUGGCCAUUUGUAUUUCCUUGUCCUUUGUGUUUAACCUUUUCUUGAAAAGGUCAAAAAGAAAUCAUUUGUGUAAUUUGCCAAGCAAUGUACACUUCAUAGUUUUAAGUCUGUUUUAAGCAAUAAAUCCCUGAAAUAUGUAUCUAAGAACAUCUUAAGGACAGGUUUCUGGUGCUCCCUGACACUUUUUCAUAAAAGAGAAUUUAAGUUUCUCCCCUUUCUCCUCUGGACUCCAUAAAAUCCUAAUUUUGAAAUUAUUUAAGGUUAAGCUGUCUUACACACACACGGGGAAGGGAGCAUUAAUAUAAAUCUGGAGCUUAUCUACUACAACUGUGUAGAGCAGCUCCUGGUUGGCUGCACAAGAAUUUGGGCAGGUGGAUCCCCAGUGGGAGAAACACUGCUGGCUUCCGCUGAAAACACUUGACAGCAGGGAUGGAUGAACUUUUUCCCAGGAACCCCCUUCCCUGCAGAUCAGAGGUCACUUGGGACUUUUCAGGCUGAUACCAUCUUAGAAGCUUGAGUUCCAGGAGCCACAGAAAAUGUGUAGUCACCCUGCUGCCUGCCUUGGCCUGACCUGCAGUGUUGCUACAGCAUUUGGGUUUUUUUGCUUUUUUCCCCCCAGUACCAGGAUCAAACUCAGGACCUUGCGUUUUCAAGGUAGGCGCAGUGCCACCGAGCUAAAUCCCCGGCCCAGGCUAUAGCAUUUUUUUUUUUAAGGAGUGAAGAAGCAGAAUGUCCAAAUGUUCGGAAACAGCUUACUUAUUUUGGAAUUGUUAAUGGUAAUUUGUCAUAAACUGGAACCUCUUUCUGCAUGGUGAUUUACGUUUUUAUAGUGUUAAUUUUAAGUUACCUAAGCGUGUUUCUACCAUCUGAUCUAAGUUUUGUUGCGGUUGGUUUUUGUUGGCUUUUACAAGGUAAUGAAAACAGUAAAUUUAAUUACUAUU